AACAACGACGGCCUGAACGUUUCGCCAGUCGUGGCCGAACUUUAGUCCGCGAUCAAGCAACAUGGCGACCGCCCAGGCGACCGCUAAAUUUUUCACGCACGGGACGUGCGAACAGUACGAGCAAGUGCUUAAAUUGUACCCGCAGGCGCUCCGUCUGAAAGCCGAUAACAAGGCGAAAAAACCGGAGGAACUUAUCAAACUGGACAAUUGGUACCAAAAUGAACUACCAAAAAAAAUUAAAGCGCGAGGCAAAGACGCACACAUGAUCCACGAGGAAUUGGUACAAACGAUGAAAUGGAAACAGAUCAGAGGUAAAUUUUACCCGCAGCUGAGUUACCUGGUAAAAGUAAACACGCCAAGGAUGGUGAUACAGGAGACGAAAAAAGCAUUUAGAAAAUUGCCCAACUUGGAGCAAGCUAUCACUGCCUUAGGGAAUUUGAAGGGGGUUGGAACCACCAUGGCUAGUGCUUUGUUGGCUGCCGCCUCUCCCGAGUCGGCCCCCUUCAUGGCGGACGAGUGCCUGAUGGCCAUUCCCGACAUCGAGGGAAUCGACUACACCACCAAAGAGUACCUGAAGUUCGCGCAGCACAUUGGAAGCGUAGCGCAGCGUCUCAACGCGGGCGCUGAGAGGCUCGGAACCGCCACCAAAUGGUCACCGCAUAAAGUCGAACUGGCCAUUUGGACGCAUUACAUUGUCUCGGAACUGAAACCUGAAUUAUUAGAUGAUGUUCAAAUUGAAAAUGGAAACGGCAUCCCACCCGCGUUAGCUGCGCUGCAUCAAAACGGGGACUCUUUGGAUGCUGACGCCACCAUUACCUCAGACGAAAGUAAUUCGGCAGGUGGUGUGCCGCCAAUAAAUGGAGCCGCCAAGUCCAGUAGUUCGGUACCAGCGGCCGCCCUCGACGAGGACACUCGGGACACGACUGCCUCAUUCGCCGAUAGUCCCGCCAUUUCAGUCGAAGACGAUUUAGGAGAAAAUAGUGCAUCCGCCGUUUCUAGUGUUAGUGAAUCUACCAAGGAUUCAGUGCAGGACGAAGACUCGAACAGUGUAGGAUGUUUCGUGGGCGGCAUCAAAAGGCCGCUGGACACAAACUCAGACGGGGGCCCGUUGUCGGCGAAAAAGGCACGGGAGACGCCCAAGUGACGAAAAACCAUCGCGAAAGCGGCUCCGCCAUUUUUCUACGCGACUACGACUAAGUAAGAUUUAGCAAAAAACAACUUGGAUGGUAUAAAACACAAAUUUACACUACCUACACCCACACACACACACACACACACGCUGUGUUAGUAUGUACGUCUUAUAUUUGAUAGUGGUAAAAAAAAAAACGUGUACAGGACUAUUUCUGAGGGAGUGUGUCAAGUGUAGUGUUUUAGGGGACGGAGGUUUUAACCAUUUGAUUUGGUUUUUAGUGCUUUUAAUGGUGGUGUGAAAACAUAAUUUUAUAGGGUUUAAAAUGUGAUACCUUUUCAGUUUUUAGAUAGAAAAUAUUAAAAACAUACGCCGUUCGCAAAGGAAUUACUUUUUCAUUUUAUUAUGUCGCGAAAUUAAAACAUUUUGCAUUUAAGUUUUUUUUAGGUAGUAUGUAGCAGGAAAUCUAGUAUUUAAUUUUAUUUUUUUUUUAAAUCACUUUUUAACCAACAAAGUUUUGACAAGAAACUCCAAACAGUUGCUUUAUUAACAUCAUUUUCACAAUGAUUUUCCAGUAUCAUUAUUUCUGUACGAUCAAACACCGAUUUUAAGCAAUAGAGCAAAUAUCACUUUUUAGUCGUUAUAAUUAACCCCUUGUGUCCGUUUUAAAAUUACUCAGAAAAGGUAAUUACUAGAAAAAUUUUAAGUAUUUUUUUAGUUUUAGGUGUAAUUUGAACUAUGAAAAGUAAAAUCUAUGCUAUUGUGACGAAUUCCUAAUAAUUUACUUAUUUUUAGUCAAGCAAGUUUCAAUUAAAAAGUAAUGAGUGUUUUUAGGAACAAUUAACCCUUAAGUACUAUGCCCCAAAUAAAACACAUAUUUACUAUGCGUGGGUCCCAGUGACCCAUUUUUUUAACUUAAAAAUGAAACCACUUUUUAAAUUAAAAAAAAUGUUUUUAAUGUCAAAAUAGUUUAUUCAUAUAGAUAUUUUAACAAUUAGUGCAAGAUUUAUUUAUUUAAACAUGGUUCACACAAAAUAUUGCAACAAGAAAAGCAUAUGGGUUAAUUGCACUUUUUGCAAAAAGCACUUGUUUUUUCUAUCCUUCUUUGGGGGACAAAAGGCGCAUCUUUUUCUUUUGGACCUUGAUUGCUCUGGUAUAGGGGUUGGAUAAACAGGUAACGACGUUCCAAGUCUCAGCGCAAUCGAUUCACGUAGCUGUCGGCGAAUAUGUUGGUUGUUCAUACGGAUUUCCAUAUAGUCCUUGCAAAGUGCCAUUCCAAGUUUCUUCAAAAAGGAAUACCUUUCAAUUUCAGUUCCCUUGGGAAAACAUUGGUAAAGUACCCGAGAAUUUACACCAGCUAUGUUAAGCAUUUGAAAAAAUAGUACCAUUGGCCAGCGUCUUGUUCUGCGGGAGGUUGAAAAAUGAACACAUUUUUGAUCCAAGGCGUCUACUCCAGAUUUUGUAUCAUUAUAAAACAAAAUUAUAUCAGGUUUGAGAGUGCUUUUAUCAAUUUUGGCGUCAUGAUGCAUGCUAGAUAUUAGAAUCACAGAUUUCCCCUUUUUAGGCACAUGACUUACCAAGGUAGUUUUGCUCUGGAAUCCAAAGAGGCUUGACGAUUCAGGUCGGCUUCGAAUUGCUUGAAAUUCAGGUGGUAUUUGUCUCUUAUUUUUUUUCAUUGUGCCGACGUAAGUUAAGUUAUUCUUUAGGAGUUCAUUGACCAAUUCUACAGAAGAGUACCAAUUAUCACCAGUGAUAUUUCGGUUUGAUUUUUUAGGCAAAGAAGUAAUUAGACGAAGGACUACUUGAGUUGGCAGCAAAAAAACAGAUUUUUGCACGGGCCCAUUAUCUCUAUCAAGAUAUACUUCAGCAUUGCACAUAUAAUGUGUUUUACUAUCAGCCAGAAUUUGUAAUUUAAUGCCAUAUUUUGCUGGCUUAUUUGGCAUAUACAUGCGAAAGCCACAUCUACCUCUAAAUGCCACAAGCAUUUCGUCCACAGUCAAGAAUUCACCUGGUAUGUAGUUUGUUUUCGAUCUUUCGACAAACUCUUCAAAAAGAUCUUUAAUAGGCGCUAAUUUUGUCAUAGCUCGCCUUUCAGCCCUUGUGGUUUCAUCAUCAAAACGUAGAGUGGAUAGUAAAAAAUUAAAGCGUGCAAGAGUCAUAGUGCAAUUAAAAAUAUCUCUACCGGUGCCAUCUGUUGCCCACAUAGAUCGUAAGUUUUCGUUAUUUGAUUUGAAGAUCCCCUGUAAAUACAACAAACCAAUAAAAGCCCUAAUUUCUUCGCUAGUUGCGGUAGAUAAAAAGGAUAGACGAUUUUUUGCAGAAACAGUAUAGUUGGCAGCCAUGAUUUUUAUUUUUUGAUUGGUAAAUUCAAUAAUUUUUUGAAUCAUAUUGUCUGUGAAAAGCAAAUUCCAUGCUUCCAAAACAUUUUUUGGUGGAUUUUGCCUUGCCUCUCCAGCCAAUCCAGGUAAUAUUUUUAUUAUAUUUUCCGAUGUUGUUGUGUUUCUUGUAGGCUCUUGUUUUGACCAAAUCGUCUUAUCUUCUCCAUGCCAUGAGCCCGAUCUCUUCUCUUUUUCCGAUGUGGAUAUACUUGGAGGGACUUCAAUAAUUUCUUCAUCCUGGUCGAAGUCUGAGUCGUCUCCGGAGCUCCAUGAAAAUUCACUUUCUGUGUCAUGAUCGCUUAAAACCUCAUUAUCUUCUUCCUCUUGAUCACUGUGAUCAUUUGAAACUACAAUAUCAUUGAACUCUGAUGGAAGCAGUGCAGCUUGGGUUGUAAUGUCUUGGUCAUUCCAAAAAUUUUCAUCUUCAAAUAAGUCUUCUAUGUUUUUAUCAGUCAAAGCAUUAUUAUUUAAAGCCAUAUUUCUUUCUAAAAUUUAAAAAAAAAAACAUAAAACAAAAAAAAAUUAAAACUUACCAAACCAGAAAUUGUAAAGUAAUUACUAUGCGUGGGUCCCACAGACCCGUCGACACUAACAACUCGAAAUUCGAUACGUCCACUUUAACAACAGAUUCACGACUGAGAAGUGUUUAAUGUUACUGGAGAUUACACAAGCGGAAACGCCAGUGGCGCGCGGCGUUGCCAAAAUCUGCAUGAAAACUUAUUUACAUGGGUCCCUAGGACCCACGCAUAGUACUUGAGGGUUAAAGAGAUACAAGAAAUCUAAGUAAAUUUAUAUGCAGGGUGUUUUAGGAGGAAUGGUGGCUAUUUUGAUAUGUUGUAUCCAUAAUUCUGAAUAGAAAAGUUCAUAUAAAUACGCAUCCUAAUCUCAAUAGUUGCUGGGAUACGGCUACUCGAAUUUAAUGCUAGUGUUAGAGCAUAAUAAUUUUUAUUUAAUAAUUUUUAAUACAAAUACGGUAAACUCGCGUUUAUUGCAACUCCCAUUUAUUACAACUCUCGCCAAAUGCAACGCGACACUUCUGUUUAUUGCAACUUCGCCUCACUCGCUUCAUCCCCAGCAAGCUGCAGUGUAGCGUAACCAAUGUUGCCAGGUUAAAAAUUUAAAAAUCACCAGAUGCUUGGUCUAAAAGUUGCCAGAUUGUGUAAAAAAUCACCAGAAUCUUGUUUCUUCUUUUUAAUGAGGUGCACAUAGGCUGAUUAAAAUAAAACACAGGUAAAAAUGAUGUUUUCAAAAAAAUAUUAUAUUUAAAAAAAUAUAUGUUCUUAAUAAAAAAAAAAACAAAUAAUUAUUUAUGGCACAUUAUUUGAAACAAAAAUAUAAUUCUCAAAAGCACACAAAAUAACGAGACAUAUAUUAUUAUACAUAAUUAUACUUAAAUCAUAGGUAAUAUAGUAAUAUUUUUAUUUGUACAUUGUGUUAUUAUGCUUUUUAAUAAUAUCCGUACUUACGGGAAAGUCAAAACAACUAAAAUUAUUUGACCUUUUGCUGUGCAAAAUCCCACUUAUGGUUUUAGAGCCUAAUCGAUUUUUCGUUUUUGUUUUAUUUAAAUUAAUUUCAUAAAAUAAUCGUUCAACACUUGCUGUGCGGCAAUGUAAAUAGAACAUUUAUGAAAUUUCUUAGUUCUGGAAAAAGAAAAGUAUCAUCACCUUUUUUUUCGUUACACACCUCGUUCCAAAAGUCAAUUUUGCUUAGAGCAAAGUUAAAGUUCGAACACUUUAAUUCUCUAAACUCUCUGUCUAACAUAUUGAUAUAUUUUACUAUAUUUGGAAACAUAAGACCUAACGAAGCAAUGCUGUCUGUUUUUUUAAUGCUUCAAGGACUUAAGAUAGUUAAUAAUUUGUACUUCACGAGAUUUAAAAGGAAAGCGUUUAUGUAGUUGAUUAGCUGCCUCAAAGUAAAAAUUUAAACAUUUUGUUUUAAUACUAUUAAUAACGGGUGUUGCGAAAUUAUGCUUAGUUUAUUCGAUAGCUACUUUAGGACCUAAAUAAAUUUGGUCAAGUGGAAGAAAAUGCUGUGGAUCACGAUACUGAAUAUUUUCUAUAUCUAUGUUUUAAAGGUAUUCUGGAUUUAGAAAACAACUUAACAAAAAUUUAACAGCACUUAUCAUCCGGGGAUAAAGAUGAUAUAUUUUUAGGGAUUUUCAGAUUGAAAUUCUAAAUUGAGGUUGGUAAAUGUGGAUUAUAUUUAUUCUAAAAAUAAGAUAUAUAUUUUUUUUAAGGGAUUUUGAAGCAAGUCAUUAAUUUGUGCUGCUCCUGAGGCAUUGUCGAAGGCUUCAAUUCUAAAAUAAUGCUGAAGAGCGUCAUAUUGCUCAAUGAGUCGAGAAACAGCAGAUAUUAAUGAUAGCCAUCUUGUUUAAGCAGCAUGUAAUAUCUUGUGCGGUUUUACAUCAAAAAAGGCUUGAAAUUUUUGCAGUUCUGAUUGUCUUUUAUAGCUUUGAUGCAUAUAGGCAUAGACACUUCUAAUUAGCUUUUCUGGGUCAUUUGGUAAUUUUUCACAUACAUAAGAGGCACAUAAAGCCAAAGAGUGGCAAAUACAUUUCAUAGUAUAUAAAUCUGGGAUAUCAUUAGUUAAAAGAGUUUUGACCGAAUUAUGUGCCCCCAUCAUUGCAUUUGCCCCAUCCGCUGCAAAGCCAACUAAAUUAUCUUUAUAUGGAAUUUCAUUUUCUGUAAAAAAAGUUACAAUAAUUUUGUACAGAUUCUGCGCCGUUACCCUUUCAACUAAAAUGACCCCAAGAAAUUCUAUAUCGUACUAUAAUGGCCAAAUGUUUUUCCGAAGAAACAUCUGUUGAUUCGUCAAUCAUCAUUGAAAAUUUAUUUACUCUAAGUUUCGCUAUAAGGCGAUCAAAACUUGUCUUUCCUAACACAUUAUUAAUAAUCGCAGUGCAUUUUGUUCUGUCGCAGGUGAUUUUUGAUAUCUGAUUAGGCUCCAUACCUAACAGGCAAAUAGACUUAAUAAGCUCAGUUAAAUGGUCAGACACACUAAUUGCUAAAUUAUGUUCUGCAAUGAAAGAAGCAAUUCGAACUUAAUUUUUUUAAAUAAUUUCCGCUGAUGGCACAGAGAAUAUUUUUUUUGAUAAACUGUGCUUUUUUACUUUACCGCCACUCCACCUAUAUAAUUUUUAACACAUAUUUUACAUUUAAAAUAAUGUAUACUAUUUGAACUAGGCACUAUCCAUUUGCCAUAAUCCUUAUGACCAAUAAUUCACAUAUUUAAAAAAAAAUAAUACCUACCUUAAAAAAAUAUAAAACUAACAAAAUGAUAAUAUAAGAACUUACCUAAAGCAUAAACUGAUUGAACCACAGAAACUAUUGAAUUACCUAUGUAUGUAUAUCACAAAUAAUCACAAUACAAAUUGAGUAUUUUUAUUAGAAAUUUGAUACGUAAACAACAUGCAAUCUGCCUUCAAAUUAAUUCGGUCGGCAAGUGGCGAAAGCCGCGAAACUGGCCAAUGGCGAUGCAGCGUAAAUAGAUCUAGGGAAUCCCCGCAUGCAAACCAAUAACUCCAAUCAGUGAUACAGGAUACUCAAAGCCGAGUUCGACAACCCGACGCGCGACGGAAAGCUCUCGUAACGUAAAGCUCGAUUUAAAAGGUGUAGCGGUAAGAAUGCCGUAUUACGUAGGUACGAUAUUCGGAUAAUAUGCCAUAAAAAAUGUAAUAAAUUAAAAAAUAGAUACUUAUUUAAAUAAGUAAUUUAAUUACAGGUACGUUCUAAAAAAAUCACCAGAUAUUAGGGAUUUUAAGAAAGUUUUUACCAAUUUGAUUAAAAAAUCACCAAAUCUGGUGAUUUUUUACCAGACCUGGCAACAUUGAGCGUAACUCCGACUUCGGUGUUCGAUUAGAUUUGGCAAUGGCGCGAGGUUGAAUUAAACCAAGAUUUACAUUAGGUUUGUUCUAGCGUAGUGUUGGGACAAACCUGCUAUUUUCGUAUAGCAAAUGCUUUUGCUAAUGGGAAUCAAAAACAGCAGUCGAAAAUAGCUGCUAUUUAAUAGCAGGUGCUAUUUGAGUUUUAUUCGAUACGUACAUGUCGUACAUAGCUAGUCCUAGCUGUAAACAGCAGUAUAAACUGUGUAAAUUUUAAACUGUAAAAUACUGUAAAAAGCCAUGAGCGACAUGAGCGAAUUUGCAAAAGGAACAAUUAUUAUAAACUAUAAACAGACCGAGUAGACAAAGAAACAUCGCUAAAAGCUUUUAUUUUUAUUCCUUAAUUUUUAAAAUAUUAAAAGCCGACUUCUUUCCGAUAACGCUAUCGCCGACGCCGCACCAUAAGCUGUCGCUGUGCCGCUGCAACCAACGAGACACCAGACAAUCAGCUGCCGAGGUGCCUGCGUAAAAAAAUUCAGUUGCUAUUUUAAUAGCAGCGAUUCUUAAACUCAUAGCAGAUAGCAGUUGCUACUAAAACAAAUAGCAGUGAAAAAGUAGCAGACUGCCAAAUAGCAACCCAAAACUAUUCUAGCGUAUAUUUUUCGAUGGUUUAACACCAGUUUAUUGUAUUGCUUUAGUGCGCAUAUUCAAUCCGCAAACUGGUAGCAACGGUUUUUUGCUAGAACGCUCUUUCGUCGGGAAAAUCAACUGCAAAUGUCAUAUCAAUUAUCAAAUGAGCUUUUCUGCCUUGUUUGUUUCUAUAAUUUUAAGGUUAAAAAAAAUACUUUGUUAAAAUUUUUGAGCAAUAACAUGACUUAAUUCUCGAGUAAGUCUGAAUUGCUCAAUAAAUUCUCGUAUUAUUGUAAAGGGGGACAGUAACAUCAACAUAACCUUAAUUUUUGGACCGCUUUGCACAAUGAAAGAAAAAUUCAUAAUCAUCAUCAUCUACCAAGUCGGAAUCAAAUAGAAGUUGUUCGUAUCCGAAUCAGAACUUGAUGAGUCUGACAUCAUAGAUUAGAUAGAAGAAAGUUGCCUAUUAUCGGAUACUUUUUUCUUUUAAGCAACAAAAAAUACCUACAUACCACAUAAAUUAAAUGCAUGUUAAAAAAGGUUAGGAUGAUAUAUAUUCUUUCAUUAUGUGACACGAAAUAGCUCUAACUGGCUCUAACUUUCACAAAAGUUAAAAAAAACAUAACAGUGCAUAAAUUAUUAUUUUGAAAUUGGGUUCCUUAUAUCGAAUAGUAGGUGUUCCUAAUAUCGCAUAUAUCCGACAUUCGGAACUUAAACGUUUAAAAUAAAAAGCAUAGGUUUUUGUUUAGAUUUUUAUUAAUAUUAAAUUGAGAAUACGUUCAAAAACUUUAUGAAAAACCUUAAAGUUAAUCUAAGCACAUCUCACAAAUAAACCAUAGAUUUUUGUCAGUUCCUGCACAUUCUUCAUGGCACCAACGAAAGCAUUGAUUGCACCUGAUCCACUUUUCCCCUGCUCUGUCCUCUGAAUAAAAAUUAUUGCAAUACAGACACUCGGCGUCUUCGGCAUCUCUGUCCAUAUCAUCAUCACUGUCUACUAACUGCAAUUCAGUAUCAGUGACAUCAUCACUGGAUGAGGUGAGAGGUUUUUUAGCUUUUCCCUUCACUUUACCAUUUUUUUUUGGUUUAGCUUUUGCGCUUCUGUUUUGACUCUUAAGUGCAGUGUUAAUCGGAACUGUUUUUAAUUUUCUUUUGUUUAAAGCUUCUUCCAGUUCUGAUUUGUAAGGCGAUCCAGUUAUUAACGCAGUAGCGCCACGUCUACCUCGCUUAUUCGUAGAUCCGGACGUGUACGAGCAACUAGGCAUAGGGCUGAUAUCUGUCGGUUUCACCAACUUUCUGUUUGUAGAAGGAGUGGUCAAGCUAUUUAUUAAGGGUUUUGUGGGGAUAGCAUCAGGUGUUUUAAUCCUGUCCCUCAUAGAAGAUAGAGGUAUUUCAACUUCGCUUUCUAUUUCCUCCGAUUCUGGCCUGUUCUCAUCAAGUUGUUGGGGUGGUGGCGGGGUUCUUUCACGUUGGAAAUGAAUAGCAAAAUCAUCGUCUCGGAAUACAUGCCUGUUGAGCGGAAAAAUUCCACAUUUUCUAAAACCAUUUACGACCACUUCAACGCUUGCAGCACGUAGGUAUGCUCUCCCUAGCAGCUCAGCGACCUGAUAGUGAGUUACCACCCUUCCUGGGUUAUUUUUGAGCCAUGACUCAAUCUCCAAUGCAUAAUAUGUUUUAAAUGGAGACAUAAAAGCAACGUCUAGGGGUUGUAUCUUAUGUGUCGAAUGAGGAGGUAGACAUAAAAUAUGCACAUAGUUUUCCCUUGCUAAAUCAAUUAAAGGGAUGUUGCGCGUAUGAGAGUAGUGCCCGUCUAAUAAUAAAACCACUGGAUCGCCCUUUGCUGGUUUAACAUGCUUUAUAAAAUGUGUUAACCAAGCUGUAAACAGAUCAUGCUGAAUCCAACCGGAAGGAUGACAUCUGGCGAUCGUUCCUGGCGGUGCUCCAUUUAGAAGUUCAGGCUUCAUAUUUUUUCUAGGAAAUACUAGCAUAGGUGGCACAUAUAUUUCGGUAGCGCUCAUACAAGUCACUACAGUAACAAGAGCUCCCCUUUCGGAUGUCGUCAAGGCCCCAACUUGCCUUUUACCUCGUAAGCUGAGAACCCUUGAAUGUUUGUGUUGAACAGUUGUAAUGCCUGUUUCAUAUACAUUAAAUAAUCUGGCUGGAUUCAAUUUGAUUUCUGCUAAGGCUGGUUCUGCUCUAACAGAUCAAAAAAAGCCGCGCAAUUUUCUCGAGUAAACCCUUUUAUGCGAGCUGCAGAUACACCCUGUGGCUUUCUAAAACUCAGUUCAGGAUGUCACUUUAAAAACCCUUUUUGCCACUUUUUUACUGCACUUGAUUUCGUCAUAGAAAAAGGGUGUUGUAGCCCGUUCUGGAUAGCUAGCUGAAACGCUAGCCUUCGAAUAUCGGAAGCUCUUAGUCCAUAAAACCGUUUCUCCAUAUCUAAACAUUAUGUAACUAACAGAUUUUCAAUUUCGUUGCUUAGCGCAGGUCUUCUUCCUAAUUUGGUAGCUGUUAAUACUUCUAUUGGCUUGUCUGAUUUUACGUAAUCAACAAGGGUACUUCUUGGAACUUUAUAUAUUUUUGACGCCUUUAAAUACCCCAUUUCUUUGCUUCUAACAGCAUUUACCGCAAGUUCCAUAGCUCUUGCAUCCCAUGUUUUACGACCUUUCUCUUGUUUUCCGUUCAUCUAGAAAAAAAAGCAAAAAACCUCCUUGAUCAAGGUUAAAAGCAUAAUAAUAUGGUAUAUGAAACUUAUUCUCAUUUAUUAUUAAAAAAAAAGAGAGGAAAACGCAAGUAUCUAUGACAGAAAAUCAGUUGAUUCAUUUAAAAGCAGCUCCAGAAAAUUGGUUCCAAAUAUCGGAUACUAUACAAUAUUAGGAAACCAAAAGUAUCCGAUAUUACGGUACAUAACCUCACUAAAUUUACCGUUUUUUUUUUUUUUACAUUAAAAAAAUAGUUCACAGAAGCAAUUUAUACAUUUAAAGGUAUCAUCUGCAAUCUACUUAUUGAUAUGGUAUGUAACAAACAAAUAAUUUAACCUACCUUUUCCAGAAAUAACGCCAAAAAUUAUACACUGUUAAAAUCUAUGCACAUCAAAAACCGUUACAGUAGCAAAAUGACGUUUUAUAAACAAUGAUCGGAUUCUGUAAUUCUUGUAGGAAAUGAUCUGCGUAAUAGUUCUCUUGAUUACUAUGGAAGUUACGAGAUGGCGCUGUGCUAUUACAGAUUUAGAGUAAUGUCCGAUAUUAGAAACCUAUGCAGUAUUAGGCUACUUUCCUCUAUUAGAUAACUAAAAAACAAAAAUUUGAUUUUAAAUAAAAGAUUACUCUAUUAACCAUUAAUGAUAAAAAUGUCUCUAUUUAACAUUUAUUAGUUGCACUUGAACGUACCUAUAUUGUAUAUUCACUGAUUUUCUUGCCUUUUUUAAGCUUUUUCCGUUUAUAGCAAACUCCCAGCCCAAAUUUAUGAUAAGCUCAAACAAGAAAAAAACAUAUCUACUGCGCAUGUCACAAAAUGGAAAUCGGAGCAAAAUCCGCAAACUCUUUUGACAGUUUCCAGCCAGUUUUCAUCAAAAUUUACAUUCGCUAGAACGCUCGACUAGUAGUUUCAAACGAGCGAUUUGUGUGCUUGAACGCCAUUAGGAACAUGCGCAUGCUUCUGAUAGUUUCCAAUCGUUUGAAAUUGAUGCUAGAACUAAUCUUAGGUAAAUUAAUGCAGAUCAUAUAAAAUUUCACGUGCAAAUUCAUAUAUAUUUUGAACAAUACAGAAAUAUGCAUGUUAUUAUUUUAUUAGCACGUUUACUGCCGUGAGUACCCACAGUGGUCUUAAUUAAUUGCUUAUAUUUCAGCCGCGUGUAACCACAGCGGCGAUUCUAUUGUGUGUAUUUCUUAUGGGUGCGAAAAAGCAUGGCUGUAACAGGCGGUUUAUAUAUUUGGCCUGUGAAACGAGACUUACAUAUGGGUACACGUGGCUGUAUAAGAAAAAAUACUUACAUUUAUUUGGAAACUUUAUAUCAAAGCUAAAGAAGAAACAAGUUGGUAUAAGAAAAAGGAAAAUGUUUACUUACUUGUUAUAAACUUUAUACAGAAUGUAUAAACAUAGGAAACAGCUUAUUGUAAAAUCAAAAAUAUAUCAUUUAUUUAUAUUUUUUUAUUUGGUGCGCUGAUGUGUUUUAAAAAAGCAUGACAGGCAAUAGUGUAUUGCACAUUGAGAACAUCUAAAUUUGGUACUUGGCGAUUUAGCCUGUGCAUGGUGUCGAUUAAAUUGUUCCAUCAAUUUUCCAUAGCACUGAACAUGCCUCGUGAAGCUCCGCCAACACCUUGAAGAAUGUGCUGCGUAUUUUCAUUGUUACUAGCUCCCUCUGUAAGCUUGUCAAGAUUCACAAGUUCUCUUGUAAUCUUCUACUUCAAUUUUGUGAUUGGCAUUUUAUCAUUUGUCACUUUCUGAUGUAAUAUAUAAACAUUCACCAUGGCACUGCCGGUCAAAAGCUCCAUUGCUAGCUUCCUGCACCGCAUACAGUAACACACUAAACUAAUCAAGUAAUCAAGAUGCAACUUUUGGCACUAUCUAGAUGCUGACUAGAUGCUCAAAUCGGCACUACUAAAUAUAUAAUAAGUGAGACUCCACUUGUGUGACACAUGACUCUUAACUGCAAAUGUAGUGCAUUGUCGCCACGUGUACCCAAUGUGGACUCUCAGCUAGCUAUAAAUAAGUUCUAUAUCGAAAUUUUGCAAACUUUUGACUAAUUAAUAAUAAACAACAGGUUUCUUAAUGAUUUUGUGAAGAAAUACAAUUUGGCCACUGGGCCUGGUUUUUUUUCAACAUUGUGGCAGUUAACUUGUUAAAAUUAAUACGAAUUAGGUUUCGCUAGUUGUGGUGCAAUUAAAGGGAGUGCGGUGCGACGAGUAAUCAAUUUAAUGGAACAACGCAUAUGUCGCAUUAAAAUGAGAGGCAGAGUGGAGGCUCCUCUCGAGUUAAGACAACCAAAAAACAUCAGAUGGCACAUUCACUAAGAUUAGAGAUAAAGCAAGAUUAGUCUGCUUAGCAGUGCUUCAAAAUUUUCCAAAUUUAUCUGCAUAUAUAACAAAAACAGUGCCUCUUCCUAGAGAAAGUCCAGACGAAAGAAAUAGUGAACAACAAAAACGUAAUGAACUUGCCAAUGAAGCCUUUGAGCAACUUGAUUUCAUAACAAAUUUUCAAGAUCUUAUGAGUAAUUAUUCCCACAAAAUUCUAAUAUCUGCCUGUGGAAUGUAAAAAUUGUUGGGGAUACAAAACUAUAUUUCUAUACUUUAAAAUUGAAUGAUGCUUGUAUAAAUAUUAUUAAUCAAAUAUCAAUAGAUAGCGACCUACAUGUUAAAGUAUUUUUAAAAAACAAUUAGUUGUCCCAAAAUGACCUAAAAUGGAUUUUACCUUUCGAAUUGAAUUUAAGUUAAAGAAAAUCUAUUAACUAGGUAUAAGUCUGAUUAUUGUGAGCUUAAUAAACCAUACUCUUCAUCUCUAGAGAAGUUUCAUAACUUCAUUAACCAAAGUCCAGAUUUUUUAAAACAGGCGUUAAAUUUAUUGGAAUGUUCAGAUUCGCACAUCUUAGAGGAUGAAAAAGAUAGUGACAUUUGUAAUCGAGUAAUACUUUUACUUAUUUUAAAGCAAAAACGUUUUUCCCCAACAACUAUAGUAAUAUCUUUAAUGUUAUAUAUUAUAUACCCUUGCGCAUAUGAAUUGCUUAGAGAUUAUUUUAAUCUACCCACCAAGAGGUACCUACAGUAUCUUCUAACUUCUAACUAUAGGGGAAAAAGUCUAAUAAUGCAUUUGUAUAAUUAUUAACGGCGCCUAUACAUAUUUGAAACAAUAAAUCAAUCACAUAAAUAAAAUAUUCUCAUUUGUAAAUAAAGCAAAAUCAAAAUUGAACGUCCAUCUCGGCAGAGCCGCGCUUUCAAAGCGUAUACGGGAUCCACCAAAACGGAUCCGAAUCUCCCACGAGGUGCGACGUUGCCAACUGUUAUUUCGCGGCUUGAGUAAAGUCGGCUGUGGUGUUGUUAAUGCCGUCGCGAGUGAAGGUUGUUUUAUCAGUUUAUAGUAUUGAUGACAUUGACUCUUGGUGAGCAUUUACCCAAUGACAAAAAUUCCAGUCUACUAUCGAGAUCAUUGGGUUCCACGUAUUGUACAUGAAAUGGAUGCAAACCUUGCUAAUGCAAUGUCCGCCAGUGGACAGCAAUUUUCCGUGUACUCGUACGAGGACUACGUUCCACCGAUUCAAGGAUUUGUUCUAACAUCCAAAUUUAAACCUGCUGGUACACUACCAGUCUCACGCAGUUUGGCGAAGUAUUUACUCUUGAACUCGGUAAUCGUCUAUUCGGAAAUCGUUAACCAUAUUCUCUACACGAUGGUUUGGCACUUCCGUUGUACGCACCAUAAACGAACACCAUAUAGGAAUAUUCCGCGUGCGUAAAGAAGACAACACUGUCAAAUGCUAACUGAUUACGUCAACUGUCACCCAUGAUGUCACCUUUGUCAUUCACCGCCUACUUAAUCACGUCUGAUCAAUUUCUUUCUGCUAUGCUACACCAUCUUGAAAUAGAUGUAUCUUAGCAACUAUUAAGAUUAGAAUACGUCAUCAAUCUACUGUCAAAAUUGUCACCAACAUUAGCGGUAAAUACCAAACUGCCUAAUAGUUUUUAAUUUUUGGUUAAAUGGUUAUUUGAAAUGGCAAAAAAUCCUUAAAAAAAUAAUAAAAAUAAAGUCUGAAUUUAUAUACGUUGUACUCCAUUAGUCGAAGUUCUGUUGAAGGCACUUUAUUAGAAGGAAUAUAUUUUUCCUUGAAAGCAAGAAUUAUUUCUUGCGUUUCGGAUUAAAGUGACUGACAUAAAUAUUUUAAAACCAACAUGGAAUUUUCAUUAAAAAAAAAUCGACAACCAGUAAGCACAUAAAUCUUAUUCUUGGAUUAGCAAUAUCAGCAUUACAAAUAGAGCUGGUCAUCAUGGAUAAUCAAAUUAAUGUAACAAAAAAUACUUCCAAAACAACAAAACAUAGAUCCUAAAUAAUGUCCAAAUAAACGAAAUUAGAAAUUAUAGGAACUACAAACACAAGAAAUAAAUACAAGAGAUUAGGAAAUAUGAUUAUUUAUAAAGAAAUACUAAUAAGAAAUGAGAAUGCAGUACACAAAAUAAAGUUGUUUUUGUUUAUUAUUACUAUUUAUAAUCAACAAACACUGGUUAAACCAAAACGUUUAGACGAAAAUAAGUUGUGACGUCAAUGUAGUUGCUUAGCGUGUAAAAACCAAGGAUAACCGCAGUAAUUACCAAUAAAUUGUGGUUAUCCGCCUAAAAUCGGUCAAUGUAGGAUUUUAAGUGAAGUAUUUAAAAUAUGGGCAAGGUCAAAUUGUCUGUUUUCAAGGUCAUUCACAUCUUAGUCUCGAACGACUGUCACAGUUUUCAAGCCUACAACGUAAAGAAUGCUUGAGAGUAUUACCAGUUGGCCACAAAGUUCCAAUCAUACCGUUUAUUCACACAAGCCAUUGCCGAGAAAGUCUUCUUCUUAGAUGGUUCUUCAUCACUCAUUAUUACUUCAUUGUCUAUUGUAUCGACAUCAGGCAGUAGAUGCUCCUCAGGACCAAAAGAGAUAAGAUAUUCUCCCAAACUUAGCCUAAAGUCAAGCAGAUCCAUCGGUUUUCUUAUCGAUAAAAGCCUCCUUGUACUCUAACCAGGAAUUAACUAUUACCAUGUCAAAGAGAUGCAAAAUAACUUUUAAAGUCCAUUUUUUUUUGUUUUGAAAAAAGAACGGUAGUAUUCGAUCUGAUCACACACAUCCACGCCACCCAUUUUUUUGUUGUACAUCUUUCAACCUUCGGGCAGGCAACUUUCACAUAUUUGUGUUCUUUUUUCACCCACCUUUCAAUUAAGUCCUCUGGUUCGGCUCCGAAAGCUGUAGAAGUCAUGUGAUCGGAUUUAUUGUCCAUCCAUUUUGUAGCACACAUUUUAUUAUCAAGUCUGAUUAGUUCCUGCGAAUCUCCUCUCUUCAUUUCUUUAUCUUUUUUAAAUGUACAUGACUUCGAUCUAUUUGUCAUUAGAGUUCCAGUGCCGUAAAUGUCUAAGGAAAUAAGCUUGUCCAGUAUAAAUAUCUAUCAAAAAAAUAUAACUUUCUUUAGGUAACGUCUCAACUAAAUGCAAACCAACUGAGGGACCAAGACUUAAGUGUUUGUGGUUAAAAGGAGUCGUUUUCCCUUGAUAAAUUUCGAAGUCUAGAACUUUGCCUUCAGAUGUUGUAAGGACAAAAAUUUUCUAGGUUUAUUUUUUACAAAUUGCCAUACUGGACAUCGCCCUAGAAAUAGUAUCAUCUGUUCAUCAAUUGAAUAUGCACAUCGAGAUUUUCUUUCAAUGGAUCUGCAUCUAUUUUUAACCAUGUCUAUCAUUGGUUGAAACUUCCAAAGUCUAUUUUCCCUCUGAAUUUCUUGAUAGACGUUCAAAACAUCAACCACAUGAAAGUUAACCCUUAGAAGGUAAAAUUUAUUUCUUGGCAUAACACCAGAAACUAAUUCAAACUUAAAUUUAAUGUUCCAGUACAUAUGAAUUCUAGAAAAGUGAAUAUAUCUUAUAAUGGCAUGUAAACCAAAAAAAAUGUUGAUGUCUAUAGAUGAGACAUUCAAAAUUUUUCCUGUUACGAAAAAAGUCGUUACCCAAAUAUUUCUAAAAAUAUUGCCAUGGGGUUAAGACAUGUGGAUGAACGCACUGAGUGUUCGUACUAUUAGAUUCCAAUUGAUCAUCUUUAUUAGGAAAUCUUCCCGAUUUCCAACCAGAAACCAAGUUUGCCAGAGGAAUGUCAUCAUCGAAGUCACUGUCGCUGGACUGAAAUUUUUCUGCCAAAUGUCCAGAAAGUUCGGUUUCUUUAGAACCGCCUAAUACAGCCUCUUCAUGUGAAUCCAUCUCAACAUAAGAAACAAGUUCAUCUAAAAGCUCAUACACUGCUUCUGGAUUUCUUUUUAGAUUUGCAUGCAUCUCUUUACUCCCCUUAUGCACAAUUGUGAAGAGCGAUCCAAAACCUCAACCCACAAAAAAUCAUACUGCAAAAAAUAAAAAUUUAUAUGGAAAA